UCAAUAUGUCGGAUAUCUGGGUUUUGGGUCUUCUUGGUUGCCUUCUAGGCAUUGCAUGUGGUGAAAAAGUAUGCUACCCCAAACUGGAUUGUUUUGAGGACAACGUCCCCUGGGGAGGGACAGCAGAGAGACCUAUUGCUCGUCUCCCCUGGAGCCCAGAGAAGAUUGGCACCCGCUUCCUUCUCUACACUUCGUCCAACCUCGACCAAUUCCAGGAGCUAAAACCUGACAAAGCCAGUCUCAAGGGAUCAAACUAUGACAGUGAUGUCAGGACCCAUUUUAUCAUCCACGGUUAUCUGACGAAGGAGAAUGAAAACUGGCCAGUGGAUAUGUGUAAGACCAUCGUGCCAGUGGAGUCCAGCAACUGUAUUGUCGUGGACUGGAAAGAGGGCUCGAGGACCACCUAUCCCCAGGCAGCCAAUAACGCCAGGGUCGUAGGAGCCCAGGUGGCCCAAAUGAUCAAGUUUAUCAAGGACACCACCAGGCAGGGGACUGACACGUUCCACAUCAUCGGACACAGUCUCGGGGCUCACGCUGCUGGGGAGGCUGGAAGCAGAACCAGAAAUCUGGGACGCAUCACAGGUCUGGACCCAACUGAGCCCUACUUCCAGGGCACAGUUGAAAAGGUGCGCCUAGACGCCUCUGAUGCCAAGUUUGUGGAUGUUAUUCACACAGACUCACUCCCCUUCAACCCAACUGUUGGUCUGGGUAUAUCUCAGGCCAUUGGUCAUGUUGACUUCUACCCCAACGGAGGAGAACACAUGCCUGGCUGUAACAAGAACCCCGUCUCUCAAUAUCCUGACAUUGAUGGGAUUUGGGAAGGCGUUCGGAAAUUUUCCGUCUGCAACCACCUCAGAUCCUAUGAGUACUACGGAGAGAGCAUCCUAAACCCCAGCGGCUUUGCAGGAUAUCCCUGCUCUGACAAGGAGGCUUUCGACUCCGGAACGUGUUUCUCUUGUGCCAACAAAGUGUGCCCCACCAUGGGCCACUUCGCAGAUAAGUUUGGCAUCUCUCAAGUUUCAAAGACAAACUUCUACCUGAACACCGGCAAAGCUAAACCUUUUUCACAGUACGUGUACAGAGCAAAGGUGACCAUUGAUGGCACCAGAUCCCAACCUGGCUUCCUACAUGUGGCACUCCACGGAGAUCAGGGCUCCACUCCUCUGCUUCAGGUUCAUGUGGGCCUCCUGACUCCAGGCUCCUCUUACGAGGCCACCCUAACGACAGAGCAAAACGUCGGACAGUUAACCCACAUGACUUUCCGUUGGAACAACCACAUCUACAACCCUCUGCUCCCAAAGUUUGGCGCCACAAAGAUUGAGCUUGUCCGGGGGAGCGACAGCAAGACCUAUGCGUUCUGUGGAGAAGGGCCUGUACAUGAGAGCUUCAAGCAGAAAGUGAACCCCUGCCAAUGAAUUGAGGAACGAUCCCACGUGCAAUUCUGGCCAAUUCAAUAAAGCUGAACUAAGUGA